GCGUCUGUGAGGGGAACGUCCAGGUCGCGGGUCGCGGGUCGCCUAGCGUUUCCCACUGGUUUUGUCGCUUUCAGGAUUCUCGAGCCCCUUCCGGACUGUCACCAUGGAGUUGUCACCGCUGCAGCCUGUAAAUGAAAAUAUGCUAAUGAACAAAAAGAAGAAUGAAGAUGGCAAGAAAAGAUUGUCUAUUGAAAGAAUCUAUCAGAAAAAAACACAACUGGAACAUAUCCUACUCCGCCCAGAUACCUACAUUGGCUCUGUGGAGUUAGUGACCCAGCAAAUGUGGGUUUACGAUGAAGAUGUUGGCAUUAACUACAGGGAAGUCACUUUUGUUCCUGGUUUGUAUAAAAUCUUUGAUGAGAUUCUAGUUAAUGCUGCUGAUAACAAACAAAGGGACCCAAAAAUGUCUUGUAUUAAAGUCACAAUUGAUCCAGAAAAUAAUGUAAUUAGCAUCUGGAAUAAUGGGAAAGGAAUCCCUGUUGUUGAACACAAAGUUGAGAAAAUAUAUGUCCCGGCUCUCAUAUUUGGACAACUCCUGACCUCCAGUAACUAUGACGACGAUGAGAAGAAAGUGACAGGUGGUCGAAAUGGCUAUGGAGCUAAACUGUGUAACAUAUUCAGCACCAAAUUUACUGUGGAAACAGCCAGUAGAGAGUACAAGAAAAUGUUCAAACAGACAUGGAUGGAUAACAUGGGGAGAGCUGGUGACAUGGAACUCAAGCCCUUUAGUGGAGAAGAUUAUACAUGCAUCACCUUCCAGCCUGACUUAUCUAAGUUUAAAAUGCAAAGCCUGGACAAAGAUAUUGUUGCACUGAUGGUCAGAAGAGCAUAUGAUAUCGCUGGCUCCACUAAAGAUGUCAAAGUCUUUCUUAAUGGAAAUAGUCUGCCAGUGAAAGGGUUCCGCAGUUACGUGGAUUUGUAUUUGAAGGAUAAGGUAGAUGAAACUGGGAACGCACUGAAGGUGAUCCAUGAGCAGGUCAAUCCCCGGUGGGAAGUGUGCUUGACAAUGAGCGAGAGAGGCUUCCAGCAGAUUAGCUUCGUCAACAGCAUUGCGACUUCUAAGGGCGGCAGACAUGUUGAUUACGUAGCUGAUCAGAUUGUGAGCAAACUCGUUGAUGUGGUGAAAAAGAAGAACAAGGGCGGGGUUGCAGUGAAGGCUCAUCAGGUGAAAAAUCACAUGUGGAUUUUUGUAAAUGCCUUAAUCGAAAACCCAACCUUUGACUCUCAAACAAAAGAAAACAUGACUUUACAAGCCAAGAGCUUUGGAUCAACAUGUCAAUUAAGUGAGAAGUUCAUCAAAGCUGCAAUUGGUUGUGGUAUUGUCGAAAGCAUACUAAACUGGGUGAAGUUUAAGGCUCAAAUCCAACUGAACAAGAAGUGUUCAGCUGUAAAACAUACCAAAAUCAAGGGAAUCCCCAAACUUGAUGAUGCCAAUGAUGCAGGGAGCCGAAACUCUACUGAAUGCACACUUAUCCUGACUGAGGGAGACUCAGCAAAAACUCUGGCCGUUUCAGGCCUUGGAGUGGUUGGAAGAGACAAAUAUGGGGUGUUCCCUCUUAGAGGAAAGAUACUCAAUGUGCGAGAAGCCUCUCAUAAACAGAUCAUGGAAAAUGCUGAAAUUAACAAUAUCAUCAAGAUUGUGGGUCUUCAGUACAAGAAAAACUAUGAAGAUGAAGAUUCACUGAAAACGCUUCGUUACGGGAAGAUCAUGAUUAUGACAGAUCAGGACCAAGAUGGUUCUCACAUCAAAGGCUUGCUGAUCAAUUUUAUCCAUCACAAUUGGCCAUCUCUUCUGCGACAUCGUUUUCUAGAAGAAUUUAUCACUCCCAUUGUAAAGGUGUCCAAAAAUAAGCAAGAAAUAGCAUUCUAUAGUCUUCCCGAGUUUGAAGAAUGGAAAAGUUCAACUCCAAAUCACAAAAAAUGGAAAGUCAAAUACUACAAAGGUUUGGGCACCAGCACAUCAAAGGAAGCUAAGGAAUAUUUUGCAGAUAUGAAGCGACAUCGUAUUCAAUUCAAAUACUCUGGCCCUGAAGAUGAUGCUGCGAUCAGCCUGGCCUUUAGUAAAAAACAAGUUGAUGAUCGAAAGGAAUGGUUAACUAAUUUUAUGGAAGACAGAAGACAGCGGAAGUUACUUGGCCUUCCUGAGGAUUAUUUGUAUGGACAAAGCACUUCGUACCUCACCUAUAAUGACUUCAUAAACAAGGAACUCAUCCUCUUCUCCAACUCUGAUAACGAAAGGUCUAUCCCAUCCAUGGUAGACGGUUUGAAACCAGGUCAGAGAAAGGUUUUGUUUACUUGUUUCAAACGGAAUGACAAGCGAGAAGUGAAGGUUGCCCAGUUAGCUGGGUCAGUGGCCGAAAUGUCCUCUUAUCACCAUGGUGAGAUGUCACUGAUGAUGACCAUUAUCAAUUUGGCUCAGAAUUUUGUGGGCAGCAAUAAUUUGAACCUUUUACAGCCCAUCGGUCAGUUUGGAACCAGGCUGCAUGGUGGCAAGGACUCAGCUAGUCCUAGGUACAUCUUUACAAUGCUCAGCCCUUUGGCUCGGUUGUUGUUUCCUCCAAAAGAUGAUCACACAUUACGGUUUCUAUAUGAUGACAACCAACGCGUUGAGCCUGAAUGGUACAUUCCUAUAAUACCCAUGGUGCUGAUAAAUGGUGCUGAGGGAAUUGGUACUGGGUGGUCCUGCAAAAUCCCCAACUUUGAUGUGCGUGAAGUUGUGAAUAAUAUCAGACGGCUUCUGGAUGGAGAGGAGCCCCUGCCCAUGCUCCCAAGUUAUAAGAAUUUCAAAGGUACUAUUGAAGAACUGGCUUCAAAUCAGUAUGUGAUUAAUGGAGAAGUAGCUAUUCUGGACUCUACAACCAUUGAGAUCUCAGAGCUUCCCAUCCGAACAUGGACUCAGACAUAUAAAGAACAGGUUCUAGAACCCAUGUUGAAUGGCACUGAGAAGACACCCUCUCUAAUAACAGACUAUAGGGAAUACCAUACAGAUACCACUGUGAAGUUUGUCAUAAAGAUGACUGAAGAAAAAUUGGCAGAGGCAGAGAGAGUCGGCCUACACAAAGUCUUCAAACUCCAGUCUAGUCUCACUUGCAACUCUAUGGUGCUUUUUGACCAUGUAGGUUGCUUAAAGAAAUAUGACACUGUGUUGGAUAUUCUAAGAGACUUCUUUGAGCUCAGGCUUAAAUAUUAUGGAUUAAGAAAAGAAUGGCUUCUAGGAAUGCUUGGUGCAGAAUCUUCUAAACUGAAUAAUCAAGCUCGCUUUAUAUUAGAGAAAAUAGAUGGCAAAAUAGUCAUUGAAAAUAAACCUAAAAAAGAAUUAAUUAAAGUUCUGAUUCAGAGAGGAUACGAUUCUGACCCUGUGAAAGCCUGGAAAGAAGCUCAGCAGAAGGUUCCAGAUGAAGAAGAAAAUGAAGAAAGUGACACUGAAACCAGCACCAGUGACUCUGCAGCAGAGGCUGGCCCGACCUUCAACUACCUUCUCGACAUGCCCCUGUGGUAUCUGACCAAGGAGAAGAAGGACGAGCUGUGCAAACAAAGAAACGAGAAGGAACAAGAGCUCAACACGUUAAAGCAAAAGAGUCCAUCAGAUCUGUGGAAGGAAGAUCUGGCUGUUUUUAUUGAAGAACUGGAGGUUGUCGAAGCCAAGGAAAAACAGGAUGAACAAGUAGGCCUUCCUGGAAAGGCGGGGAAAGGAAAGGGGAAGAAAGCACAGAUGUGUGCUGACGUCUUGCCUUCUCCUCGGGGAAAAAGAGUCAUCCCCCAAGUGACUGUAGAGAUGAAAGCUGAGGCAGAGAAGAAAAUUAGGAGGAAAAUUAAGAGUGAAAACGUUGAGGGUACCCCUGCUGAGGAUGGUGUGGAAACAGGAAGCCUCCGGCAACGAAUAGAGAAGAAGCAGAAGAGAGAGCCAGGUGCAAAGAAGCAAACGACAUUGCCAUUUAAGCCUAUCAAAAAAGGGAAAAAGAAAAACCCCUGGUCUGAUUCUGAGUCAGAUAUGAGCAGUAAUGAAAGUAAUUUUGAUGUCCCUCCUCGAGAAAAAGAGCAAAGAAGUGCUGCAGCAAAAGCCAAAUUCACAGUGGAUUUAGACUCCCAUGAAGAUUUCUCAGGUGCGGAUGAAAAGGAUGAGGAUGAAGAUUUCUUCCCAUUAGAUGCUACUCCACCUAAGACCAAAAUCCCCCCCAAAAAUACUAAAAAAGCACUGAAGGCCCAGAAAAGCUCCAUGUUUGCUGAUCUUGAAAGAGAUGUUAAGGACAGUGUGCCAGCUUCUUCAGGCGUUCCUGCUGCUUCUGCUACUGACUUCCCAGCGGAAACUGAACAGUCAAAGCCAUCCUCCAAAAAGACCGUGGGAGUGAAGAGGACAGCAACCAAAAAGAAGAAGCAGAAGAGAGAGCCAGGUACCAUAGCAAAGAAGCAAUCUACAUUGCCAUUUAAGCCUAUCAAAAAAUGAAAAAAGAAAAACCCCUGGUCUGAUUCUGAGUCAGGUAUGAACAGUAAUGAAAGUAAUUUUGAUGUCCCUCCUUGAGAAAAAGAGCCAAGAAUUGCUGCAGCAAAAGCCAAAUUCACAGUGAAUUUAGACUCUGAUGAAGAUUUUUGAAGUUUGGAUAAAAAGGAUGAGAAUGAAGAUUUCCUUCCAUUAGAUGCUACUCCACCUAAGUCCACCCCCCCCCCAAAAGAUACUAAAAAGGCUCUGAAGCCACAGAAAAGCUGCAUGUUGGUUGAUCUUGAAAGUGGUGUUAAGGAUAGUACUCAUGCUGUUGACUUCUGAGCUGAAACUGAACAGUUAAAGCCAUCCUCCAAAGACUGUGGGAGUGAAAAGACAACAAAAAGCCAGUCUUUAAUCUCCACUGCUGGUGGUACCAAAAAGAGAGCUGCGCAAAAGGGAACCAAAUCAGAUUUAACCUUCAGUGAUCAUGUCUCUGAAAAGUCUGCUCCUGCCAAAACCAAGAACCGUAGCAAGAGGAAGCCAUCUUCUUCUGAUAGUUCUGACUCUGAUUUUGAGAAAGCAAUUUCUAAAGGUGCAAAGAGCAAGAAGCCUAAGGGAGAGGAACAGGUUUUCCAUGUGGACUUAGAAGACACUGUGGCUCCUCAAGCCAAAUCUGGAUGAGCAAGGAACCCAAUUAAGUACCUGUGA